AUGGUCUUUGCAGCGGUGUGCAUUGCUUUUGCCAUGCAGCCCCACAGCAGCCCGAAAUCUGGCAUCUCGGCGAUAGUCGCUCGACAUAGGCAUCUGCAGGCGUCGAUGGGAUGGUUGGCGCGGCACAGGCAACAGCUGUCCGUGUUGCGGCUAAUCCAAACCAGCCUUGGCUCGUCAGAGGCAUCUCGGAGGCACCGGAGAGCUCCGGAAGAUGCUGGUGCGCAACGACGAUUGACCGACGGCUCCAAGAAUAGUUGCUUGCGAGCGUCAGACGUUUGCCGCGAUUUCCCCGUGCUUGGGGCGGUAGAUGCGUGGAUCCCCGCAUCUAGUGGGCUUGGACGUGCUUCUGACGAGCGCCGGGGAGGCCGAGUGGAGAAACAGCGGCAAGAUGUCAUGGACUGGAUGGCACUUUCGGACGUCGGCCGUAAGCUCCGAAAAAAAAGAACACAGCUCCAGAAGCGCUUCGCGGCCGCCGUCCGUGCACCGGGCAAUUUUUUGGAAUCUGCCUCCACACUGGAAGCCUGGCUUCCCCCGCUGCUCGGCUGGCGCGCCGCAGCUGUCAUAACGCGCUCUCGGCUUCCCCGCACCGCAGCGCACCACGCUGUCUCGGCGCCUCUUUGGCUUUGCUCGUUCUUCGCCGCUGCCGCAGCCAGCCAAGCCAAAGCCAAACAGACGAACCGCCGCUGUCCGCACUGA